CCUCCUCCUCUGUCUCCGCUCCGCACUGCUGGCCUGUAUCCGCUGUGUGUCACAGGCAGCAUCUCAGCGUCAGAACGUUUGGCGAGGGAAAACGCGGACUGCGGUGGCAACACUGCGUGCUUAUUCUUCGUUGGGACGUUUUGGGGGACAAAAGGAUUGUAUUUUAAUCUCCGCGGUGUUUUGCACUGUUUCUGACGAUAAUUUCUUGCCUUGACACCCCCUCCCCUCCCCUCUCCCCAUAUCCCGAUUGUGUGGAUGGUUGACUGCAGAUUUGAUGGUGCUGAGCAGGCUCGUUUGAUUGAAGGCUUGCGGCCAGGGGGCAUCUGUGGGGCCGCAGAGAGAGACAAACCUCUGUCCACGGGUGCGACUCUUCUCUGCACUGUGACUGUGAAUGGACUGCGCUCCAUCCUUGAUUUUCUGCAGUCGCUCUGAGUCAUUUGUGGAAGAAGAUGGCGGACAGGGCUGAGAUGUUUUCCCUAUCCACUUUCCAUUCCCUCUCUCCCCCCGGCUGCAGGCCAGCCCAUGACAUCAGCCUGGAGGAGUUUGAUGAUGAAGAUCUCUCUGAAAUCACAGACGACUGUGGGAUUGGACUCAACUAUGACUCUGAUCCAUAUGAGAAGGACUCCCUCAUUCUGGAGAAGAAUGAUACACACCACCCAGUCUGCUCCUUCCAGGAUGACUUCCAAGAGUUUGAGAUGAUCGACGAUGAAGAUGAGGAUGACGAGGAGGAAGAGGAUGAAGACGAAGAGGUUGACCCAGAUGCACCCCCGUCACCUUCUGCCUCCCCUCCUCCCUCCCCUACUCUUGGCACUCUGAAGAGCAGGCCCACCACAUUGAACCUCACCACUGCUGUGUCACAGGAUUCUCUGAAUAACAACAGCAGUUUGUCCCCAAAGAAAGGAAGCUGGCAGGACUCGUUACGCAACCCAGCCUCACAAGGCCGUCUGUCUCCAACCCACUCAUGUCUGGAAGAUGGUAGCCAUGUGACAGGCCAUUGUCCAGCUUCUCCAGUUUCCCAAGCACCAGGGUCUCAGAGCAAAGGUACUCCACCAAAACAGGCAGGGGAGGGUGUGAAAAUCCAGUCCCCUCACAGGCCCCUUCUGUGCGACAUGGAGGGCAACAGACGGGAGAGGCUUGAAUACGGCUCAUUUGGUCAGCACAAGUCCCACCCUUGCUCUGACAAUGGCACUGACCAAAAGGUAGAUCCUUCGAUCCAGACUGUAAGGGUACCAUCCAUAGAUGAGCGUUCUCAGUGUUCAGAUACAGAGGUGGACCAUGACCUCAACAGUGAUCACAACCACAAACACUCAAACCGGCGUGCCACCGACACCUACACAAUCACCAGCGAGUCAGGUAUGGAACCGGAGAACGACCUAGACCCAGAUGGAACCAGUCGAUGCUUGUCAUCCACUGCACCCAUGGGAGCCAACGACGGUGCUGAUACACCCUUGUCUGAUGAGGAGCUGGAGAAGGACUUUGAAGUAGAGUUCAUGUGUAAGGAGACCUACGAUAUGGUUAUUAAGGAGAAUCAGUCAUCAUACGUGGAAUUCCCCUCCAUUGAACCCUCUGAUCUCGCCUCCUUCUCCAGCUAUGUGUCCUCCAGUCGCUCAGAUGCUCUUGACCAGUCCAACAGUUCAAAUGCUCCGGCAUCUGCCAUAGGUACAGCAGCUAACGACUCCACUUCUCCAUCCUCAGACCCAGGUAUAGCAGAUAUGAACCAGAAGGGUUACUUGACUUCGGACCAGGACAAGGACCUAAGCUCUCCAGGCUCUGACUCUGACAUUGAAGGGGAACUGGAGGCAGCUUUUGCCUGUGGAGGACCAGUGGUCUCUAACAUGAUCUCCUCUAUCUCGGAGACAGAGCUGGACUUGACCAGUGAUGACAGUAGCAGUGGACGCUCAUCUCACCUCACCAACUCCAUUGAGGAGGCCAGCUCACCUACAUCAGACCAGGAACUUGACCCAGACACAGAGUUAGAGCAAGACAGUGGCAUUGUGGGACUGAAAGCAUCCCUACUUCUAGGCCAGCCUGACCCAAUCAAAGAAGGGUCUCCUUUACCUUCUCCUUCUCCUCUACCAUCACCCACUAUUGCUACGCCAUCACCUGUUGACUCACCCAUCUUGCCUCCUGAGACCUACUCUGAUGGCCAAGCUCUGAUGGGGCUGCAGAAUAUGGAUGAUGAGCUUUCCUGUGAGCACCAGGCUGACCCUGAUGAGACUCUGCCACCAGCCCAACGCUGUGAAGACAGCCUGUCUAGACAAAUGGUGCUGCAGAUAGAACCAGACCACAGUCUAGAGAGCUUUAAGCGUUCCUUCUACCUGCCAGUUGGACCCAGGCUAAUGCCCAGUGCUGACGAUUAUGAUGGAACCAGUGAGGGAGACUCAGAAUCAGAAAGUGAAGAUGACCUGAGCGAGAACUCAGACUCACCUUGGCUGCUCAGCAACCUGGUCAACAGGAUGAUCUCAGAGGGUUCAUACCCAAUUAGUUGUCCCGAGGAGUGCUUCAAGAGGAAGGUUUCUGUGUCAGAUACCAUCUCACCAUCUUCAGACAUUGGAGAGGGAGAUGGUUUCAAUGAUGAAGACCAAGAGAAGAAAGCAGAGAUGGAGGGAUCAGAAGAAAAAGAGAAGAAAUGUGAAGGGUACAGAAAAGAAAGGAUGGAACCGGGAGAGAGGAGGAAUAGAGUGGAGACUUCGAAAGAAGGAUCAAUGAUAAAACCCUGUCUCUAUAUGAGCAACCCUACUAAUGACACCAUAACCCCUCUUACUUUGGAGCGCUGUGCGGACAAUGGGAUGGGAGCCAGAGAUUUCACCUCCUCAUAUACCACUAAAGAAUCUGAGAAGAACUUCACAGACAAACCAUGUAAGAAUGCCAUGAGACACGAUGAAGAUGAAGAGCCAAAUAAUGACUUAAUGAUGCUAGAGGGGAGGAAGGAUUUGGACUCACCGAGCCUCAGUGAGAGUGUGGUCAGUGACAAGGAUGAAGGACGAGAGACUGAGCCCAGGCCAACGAGCCGUUCAUCAGCUUCUCUUGAGCGAAUCACAGAGGUUAAAAACAGUCUGACACUGGACAUACCGACCACUCAGACUAACCGCUGCUUCAGCCUCACCUACUCCACAGAUAAUGAUGAAGAGGAGGAGGAUGGGGACUCUUAUCCAUUUAUGGGUGCCUUGAGGAAGCAGUCCUACAGGGGUAGUGAUUUAGAGCUUGACAGUUCACCACCUAUUGAUACCAGUGUGCAAGACCAUGCCUUAUCUGACCCUGACCUCCCACUGUGUGAGAAAGAUCUGGCUCUGAGGCAACCAAAUGAAGAUGAUGGACUGGCCUACGACUCCAUGAAGUACACGCUGGUGGUGGAUGAGAAUACUACACUGGAACUAGUCAGCCUCAGAAGGUGCACCUCCGUUCUGAGUGAUGACAGUGAGCUCUCCACACUAUGUGACGAGGAACCUUUGGGAACAGGAGAGGUGGGCUAUGAUCGUGAUGAAGAGGAAGUGGGACCAGAACUUCUCAGUUCUUCUGAGGACUCCUCCCCUGAGGCUGACCUCCCAUUCUCUAAGAAGUUCCUCAAUGUGUUUGUCAACAGCACCUCCCGCUCCUCUAGCACAGAAUCCUUUGGACUUUUUUCCUGUACCAUCAACGGAGAAGAGAGGGACCAGACACACAGGGCAGUCUACAGGUUCAUUCCCAGACAUGCAGAUGAGCUGGAACUAGAUGUGGACGACCCUCUAUAUGUGGAGGAAGAAGAGGAUGACUACUGGUACCGAGGUUAUAACAUGCGGACAGGAGAAAGGGGCAUUUUUCCUGCCUUCUAUGCCCAUGAGGUCAUAGGCCAGUCUAAGGAGUUGUUGGGCAUGAAAAGAAAUCCAGCGUGGAUCGAGACUUUCAGUGUUCAGUUUUUGGGGUCUGUUGAGGUACCUUAUCACCAAGGCAACGGGAUUCUCUGUGCUGCCAUGCAGAAAAUUGCGAUAUCAAGGAAACGGACGGUACAUGUGCGACCUCCUUCUUUGUGUGAAUUGGAGAUUAGCUUGCAAGGAGUGAAACUGAUUAUGAGCUUGGAGGAUGAAUAUGACACACUCGAUGAGUAUGACAGAUGUAGUCACUUCUUCCAGAUGAAGAACAUCUCAUUCUGUGGAUGCCAUCCAAGGAACAACUGCUACUUUGGAUUCAUCACUAAGCACCCAAUGCUGAACAGAUUUGCUUGCCACGUGUUUGUUUCCCAGGAGUCCAUGCGGCCUGUAGCAGAAUGUGUUGGACGAGCCUUCCAGGAGUACUACCAGGAACAUCUGGAGUACGCCUGCCCCACUGAGGACAUCUACCUGGAGUAAGAAGUGUUGCCAUGACAACAGCCUUCUUCCUCCACAGCUUGUGUAUGUUCAUCGAGUUUGCCACCAGAGGGAGCUUUCAGUGGGGUCUCCUCUCUAUUGUAAAAUAAUCUCCUGUGUCCCUCUGAAACUGGGAUCUUCAUUUCUACAGUAUGCUAGGCAUUUGACUGAUUUCAUUCAUCUCUCUCUCUCUCUCUUUGUUUAUUUCCAUCACCUCGAUGGACUGAUUGCCUGUUUCCUUUAUCUUUUUCUAUGAUAUAAAACUAAGACGCUGAGCACCUGUUUAUUUAAAGGUUCCUCUUUUGAAACAAAAACAAUAUACCUACUACUGCUGUUUCACUUUUCAAUGCAUGGCUAGUAGGGUUACUGCACACAGACACACGAAGUACACAUAUCCAAGUGAAUGGCAAGCAGCUCAACAAUCUGUAAGGGAAUGAUGUAGAAUCACGAGGUUGAUAUUUAAUUAACUGUAAAUAUGUAUUUGUUCAACAUUGACAGACUGCUAAUUUGAUUUCUACUGAUAGUGACACUGGAGCAAAGUAGAGAGAUUACAGUGAACUGUCCUUGGUCCAUGCUUACCCCUGUGUCGCGUACAAGACGUAGUGUAUGUUGUAAAUAAAUGUAUAGAAAGUAGACAUACAGGCGCCUCAUCCAGACUAAUUAAGAAACGCUCGCAGCUGAGGCUGAUGCAGGAUGGAUUUUGUUUUGUUGUGGUUAUUACCAAGUCGGUCUGACAACAGUAACUGCAGGUGUAAGAGAUUUCAGAGCUGUAAUGACUUGGAAUGAAUUUUGAAUGUCAUUAGCCCUGCAGGUAUUUUCCUUCAGCUUAGAUUAGGUGCAGUAACUGUCAGCAUAUUUCAAUGAAAUGACAGAACCAUUUUACUUUUGUCCAGUCCUCAAAGUUGCACUGCUUGCUGACCCUCACCGUGGGGAGCUUUCAUUGGAAAUCACUCAGCUGUUAAAAUUAUAAAUCACAGAUCACUGCAGGCUUUGCUAUGAUUGAUGUGACUUUUGGGGUCAAAUACAGCAAAGGCCCUCUGAAAAGCCAUAUUGUACCACCUCUGACUGUUUAACUCUGGUUUUUAGUGACGUCCUAGUCUCCGUUUUCUUUUGACUUGGCAGUUUCAACGAGGGAAAAGGAAUGACUAGAUUGACCGGUAGCCACAUGUCAGUUAUACUGUAAUGCAGUGUGCCUACUGUACAGUGAAAGCGUCCUGCUAAUACUUGGUCCUGGUAUCACAGUGUAAUCAAACCUUUAAUAAAGCAUUAAACGGGAUGUUUUAUAGUUAUGUAAAUGGAUAGACUUUGAUCUUGUUUUUGUUUUUUUUUUCUCAGUAUGAUGGAUAAAAGGGAUGGCCUCAUAUUUCCCCAUUUAUUUAUUUGCUUUUAAUCUGGUCAAAGGUUAAAGCAUCAUCCGCACAUUACACAAUUCUCUGGGGUUAUUGUGACAACUCACAACUUACAGUCUUGCACCUUAUAUAAAGGAGGCCAUCUGAAAAUUCAGACUCUGAUGUUUGCCACCCCCCAACCAUUCCCACUGUUCUUUCAGACACUGUUUAGCAUCUUGUUCUGCUGCUUUCAGUCACAGUCCGCCAGAACAAGCACCUCAGACCUGCA